AUGAUGUUUAAGAAAGUCACGAAGCUGUAUUCCAAUUUUCAGAGCAGUGGAAAGAGUUCUGUGUUGGAAAGUCUUGUGGGAAGGGAUCUGCUCCCACGAGGUACUGGAGUUGUCACCCGGAGACCCCUUAUUCUGCAGCUGGUGCAUGUUUCCCCAGAGGAUGGACGGAAAACAGCUGGAGAUGAAAAUGACCCUGCUACAUGGAAAAAUCCAAGACACCUUUCUAAAGAGAUUGACGCGGAAGAGUGGGGUAAAUUUCUUCACACCAAAAAUAAGGUCUAUACAGAUUUUGAUGAAAUUCGUCAGGAAAUAGAAAAUGAAACAGAGAGGAUUUCAGGAAAUAAUAAGGGGAUCAGUCCUGAACCUAUUCACCUUAAGAUUUUUUCAUCCAACGUUGUAAAUCUGACACUUGUGGAUUUACCAGGAAUGACAAAGGUGCCUGUUGGUGACCAGCCUAAGGACAUUGAACUUCAAAUCAGAGAACUAAUCCUUCAAUUCAUCAGCAACCCAAAUUCAAUUAUUCUGGCAGUAACGGCUGCUAACACAGAUAUGGCCACUUCAGAAGCACUUAAAAUUGCACGGGAGGUGGAUCCAGAUGGUCGAAGAACCCUUGCUGUUAUCACAAAGCUGGAUCUCAUGGAUGCUGGCACUGAUGCUAUGGAUGUGCUCAUGGGAAGAGUGAUUCCAGUAAAGCUUGGCAUCAUUGGAGUAGUUAACAGGAGUCAGUUGGACAUAAACAAUAAGAAGAGUGUAGCUGAUUCCAUCCGGGAUGAGUACGGUUUUCUCCAGAAGAAGUAUCCUUCCCUAGCCAAUCGCAAUGGAACCAAGUAUCUUGCUCGGACACUGAAUAGACUACUGAUGCAUCAUAUCCGAGACUGUUUGCCAGAACUGAAAACUAGAAUAAACGUUUUAGCUGCUCAGUAUCAGUCUCUACUAAAUAGCUAUGGGGAACCCGUUGAGGACAAAAGUGCCACUCUAUUACAGCUGAUUACCAAAUUUGCAACUGAAUAUUGUAACACUAUUGAGGGAACGGCAAAAUACAUUGAGACUUCGGAGCUAUGUGGUGGAGCUCGAAUCUGUUACAUCUUUCAUGAGACCUUUGGACGAACCUUGGAAUCUGUAGAUCCACUAGGUGGCCUUAACACUAUUGAUAUCUUGACUGCCAUUAGAAAUGCCACUGGUCCCCGUCCUGCCUUGUUUGUUCCCGAAGUUUCAUUUGAAUUGCUGGUAAAAAGGCAAAUCAAACGUUUAGAAGAGCCAAGUUUGCGCUGUGUGGAGCUGGUUCAUGAAGAAAUGCAGAGGAUUAUCCAGCAUUGUAGCAAUUACAGUACACAGGAAUUAUUGAGGUUUCCUAAAUUACACGAUGCCAUAGUGGAAGUCGUGACCUGUCUUCUGCGUAGAAGACUUCCAGUCACAAAUGAAAUGGAACAAAGGCGUAACAGGUUAGCCCGGGAGUUGCCUUCUGCUGUGCCACGAGAAAAGUCUACUAAAGCUCCAGGUGCAUUGACACCUGCCUCCCAGGAGAGUGUUGCUGCUGCUUCUGCAGAGGCUGAUGGCAAGGCUGCCCCGGGAGUGGGAGAUGCGGCCCAGGAGGCUGGAACAGGGAGCUGGAGAGGAAUGCUGAAACCCUCGAAAGCAGAAGAGGCGCCAGCAGAGGAGAAGUCCAAAUCAGCUGCAGCCCUUCCUGCUAGUCCUCAGAAGGGACAUGCUGUAAACCUCCUGGAUGUGCCUGUACCCGUAGCACGCAAGCUUUCCGCCCGUGAGCAGCGAGACUGUGAAGUGAUUGAGCGGCUCAUUAAGUCUUACUUCCUCAUUGUCAGGAAGAACAUUCAGGACAGCGUGCCAAAGGCAGUGAUGCAUUUUCUGGUGAACCAUGUGAAAGACACUCUCCAGAGCGAGCUGGUUGGACAGCUGUACAAAUCCUUGUUGUUGGACGACCUUCUCACUGAAUCUGAGGACAUGGCGCAGCGCAGAAAAGAGGCAGCUGACAUGCUAAAGGCCCUGCAGCGAGCCAGUCAGAUCAUCGCCGAGAUUCGGGAGACGCACCUGUGGUGAAGACUCUCCAGUCACGCUCUUCGCACGGAUCGGAGGACGCCCUGGCUUGGAGGUUGCUAGGCCUGGUAUACGGAGUAGAACUUUUAUUUAUGAACUCUUAGCUGUGUCCUGCAACUGUGUAAAUCUGCUCAUGUAAAGACAGUUGGUUUGAUUUGCAAACAGAAACGAUAUGCUGUAUUUUGCAAAAUGUCCUAUUUAAUCUACAUAAUAAAUGGCUCUAAAUGUUUCCUUA